GACAAGAAGCUCUGUGGCAAACAUUACUAAAAUUGUCGUCUUGUUUCUUUUUCAAAAUUUCUAAUCAUGACAUGGAGCGGUUGUACGACAAAGGUGCAGUACUCUGUACUAAUUGGUGUCAUACUUUGUGCAGUUUCCAUCUCGAGUAUCACUGUAUCACCGAAAUUUGAGGGAAAAAGGGAUCACGUCGGACAAAUCGACGCACCACCCACUCUUGGACAAAAAACGACACCAACCGCUUCAAAAUUUGAACCUGCCCGCCACGUCUUAUCAAAACGACAAAUUUUACCACCUCUCAUAACCCCAGAAAUGGCACUUCUCCCCCAAAGUUUGAACCUCUUGGCGUCACCACUCUUGAAACGGUACGGUUACAAUCGACGCCGCCGGUACAAUAAUUAUUACGAUGAUGACGACGAUUCUUACGAAGAUUCCGAUGAGGAUUACUACUAUCGGAAUCAGUACAGAAAUCGGCCAUACCCACCACCCACGAUUCCGAUUCAAUACGGGUAUGGACAACCCUGGUAACAUUUAAUAUGGUAUUAAUCCAUGAAACAAAUUAAAUUAACCACUAUAAUUUAUAAGUACUUUGUUUUUGUUGCAUAUGCAUUUUUUAAUUCAAAUUAAGUUAAUUUUGUUACUAACAAAUAUUUAAUAAAAA